AUGGAUCAGCCGUCUAUUUUUAUUAAGGACUUCCCUAGUCGCAAAAUUAAAGCUGACGCUGAUUAUAGCCUUCAGUCAUCUGUACACUCCUUACGAUUGCACAACGAAUCUGAAUUUGCAAGUGGCGGCCGCAUCAGUACUUUGGCACCACUUAUUUCUCUUGCAAAAAGCCAACCUGGUGCAACCACAAAUGUUUAUGGCGAUACUAAAGAUCAAUCCGAUAUUGAAAGAAACCAUGCAGGAAUAGCUGGUCACCUGUAUAAUCGCCAUUUCGAAUUUCGAAUUUCCAAUUCUGCCUCUUUUGGUUUGGCUGGUCCGCCUGGGGCUCUUCCCUUAUUUGUCGCCGCAGGAACAGCGGCUGCAAGCAUUGGCAUUCCUGUCAGUGGUCGGUCUAAUGCAGUCGGAGCUGCCGGCCGGACCCAAGGAAUAUUAAAUUUACUUCUUGGUGAGGCAAAGUCUGAUGCCUUAACGGAGGCUCGCUUCGAUUUAAAUGGUGGGAAAUAUCUUCCUGGUGCAGCUGAUUUUGACAGCCCAGGUAAUAUUUUAUGGCUGAUAGGGAAAAUUUUUCUGUAA